GUGAGAGCUGCCAUGGCGACGAGCGCGCCAUCGUCGGCGAGGCUCACCGUCUCGUCGUGCACAUUCUUCGAUCGAUCGGCCAGGAGCUCCGCAAUGCGGGUAAGAGCUUCGAUCGCAGCAGCAACGCCUUAUUCUUCAAGAGCAGUGCAUGAGGGCGGUAGAAAUCCUUUGGCGCUGUUCGAGAACAUCAUGCGAGAGGUGAGGCCAUUGCCGACGAUCUUGGAGGAAAUGUGGAAGAUGCUAGCUCCAGAAAAGCAGCUCCUUCGAUGGAGAAGGAAUGCGGGGGUUUUCAGCGACUUGCCAGGGUCCAGGAAGGGAUUUCUAGGCGCAGGGAUUAUAGAUGGAUCAGGGAGAAGAAUUCCCGGUGGUGGUUUGUUGCUGAGAGGAACCAGACGUAUCAAUCGUCCCUUCGACUAUCUCCGCGUUCCAAACAUGACUUUUCCCAAGCGAGAAAGGAAGAGGAGGUAUUUCUCCAAGAAGCUCGAAGAGAAGGAGUCGGACAAAGGGUGGCAUCCCGAGCUAUGCACGUAUGAGAGUGAGUUUGCCAAGCAGCAUGCGCUCUACUUCUACAACCUCUUGGCAUUUCCGUGGGAGAAGGGAGCGUUUGAGCGCUUCGUGGAUAAGUUGGAGAGGAAGUAUUUCCCAGAGGAUCACAUCGAUGCUUUGGUUCCACCGCUCGACAAGGAGCCCAAAGCGAAAGCUGGGAAAUCCAACAAGGACAAGAAACUUUCCGCAUGGCCAUCUUCUGCUCAAAGCUCGUCUUUCGAAGCUUAUGCGGCUGAUGCGUCUGUUGAGAACGUCGAAGACACUUCUCCAACUCGUCCAGCUUCCGGUUCCAUUGAGAUUUCUCCAGAUGAUUGGGAGCCCGAGGCGAGUUCUCCUGACACUUACGCCGAGGCUGUUUCUGAUGAGAAGCCAAAGAGGAAAGCAGCCGAUACUUUAACUCCAAGGCCACCUGUGAUAACUCGAACCGUGAAUUUGCCGGAAGAAUGGGACGGGCCUCUUGGAACUGUAGUGUUGAUAGACAAGCCUCAUGGCUGGACAUCAUUUUCCGUGUGUGCCAAGCUCCGUAAGCUUCUCAAAAUUAAAAAGGUUGGUCAUGCUGGGACACUUGAUCCUAUGGCGACUGGCCUUCUUAUAGUUUGCGUUGGGAAAGCAACUAAAUUCACAGAUAGCUACCAGGCGAUGAAAAAGUUUUAUUCCGGAACGCUGCGUCUUGGAGAGGCCACACCGUCUUAUGAUGGAGACACAUUGGUUUCUGAGAGGAUGCCAUGGGAGCACGUUACUGACGAGGACAUGCAAAUAGUUAAAGAAGAGUUCGUGGGCACAAUAAGGCAAGUCCCACCUCUAUAUUCCGCUCUUAAGGUAAACGGACGCACCCACCACUCCAUUUAUCUAAAGCAUACCGCUUUGUAUAUUCAGGUUGAGGGAGAAAGGCUCUACGAGAAAGCACGUCGAGGAGAGACAUUUCAAAUUCCUCCCAGAAUAAUCAGCAUUGAAGAGCUACAAGUCGAACGCGAUUCUAUUGACAGGCAAAAUUUCCAUUUCAAAGUCGCCUGCUCCAAAGGAACGUAUGUCCGCAGUUUAUGUUAUGAUCUUGGCCGUGCUCUCAACACUUGUGCACAUCUCGUCGCGUUGCGCCGGGACAAGAUUGGGGAAUUCUCAGUUGACGACGCCUGGACAUUUUCCGAGCUGGGGAGUAACUUUGCAGACGAUUUUUUGGGAAGAGCGUGCUCAAAGACUCCCCCCAUCACUGUGACGAACAUGUCGCUUGAGGACGCUUGGGAGUUCCCGGAGCUCCAAGAAAGCCGAGGCGACGAUGACGACUUCUAGGUUCGUUUUUGAGCUGGUUUGGCUGUAACAAUGUCGUGCAGUAAAACAAACCCACACAUUUCACUGGA